ACAGACGACCUCUUCCGGGUUCACACUGACUCGCAGAGGUUGGAGAUGAAUCUAUGAAAGCAUCAUUUCUGUAUAUAUAACAGCGUUUUCUCGCCGACGGGAUCAACUGUGCGUGUAUUUGUGCAUCCAGAAGCGUCUGUUGAACGUUGUUUUGGCGAAGCGGCCGCUGGGUUUGUUGCUCUGGGUUAAAUUAUCUGAACAUGUCUGCGGAAGAAGCGGACAAAACAACCACCACGGAUGCCAGCGCUGGAGACGAGGAGGAGGAAUGGCUGUAUGGAGACGAGUCUGAGAGCAAAGAGGAGGACGAAGAGGCUAAACUGAAUGCUGCUGUCAGUGCACCUGCUGAUGCUUCAUCAGAGGAUGCAGCUGCACACGCUACAGGGAAUGGAGUGGGCUCCGAGGCCACAGGUGAGGCUGCGGGUGAGGAUGUUGACAGCGACAGCGACAGCGAUGAUGACGAUGAUGACGUCCGCGUCACCAUUGGAGACAUAAAAACUGGAGCACCACAAUACACACCUUAUGGAGCUCCACCUGUCAAUCUCAACAUAAAGACAACAGGCUCCAGACCUUAUGGACAAUCCUCAAAGCUGAAGGGAGUGGAUCUGGAUGCUCCUGGAAACAUUAACGGGGUUCCGGUGCUGGAGGUGGAAAUGGAGUCCUUCGAGGAGAAACCCUGGAGGAAGCCAGGAGCGGAUCUGUCAGACUACUUCAACUACGGCUUCAAUGAAGACACAUGGAAGGCUUACUGUGAAAAACAGAAGAGGCUGCGCAUGGGCCUGGAGGUCUCCACUGUCGGUUCAGUGACGAGCAAGAUCACUGUUCAGCAGGGCAGGACAGGAAAUGAGAAAGACAUAUCCAGUUUACCUGUUCACACCUCUAAGCCAGACUUCACGUCUCCUGUCAGCCUGUACAAGUCUGCCGUCACUCAGGUCACCAGGAUCUCUCCCCCUCAGUGGACUGGCCCGCCUGUUCAGGACAUGUCCUAUUAUACGAAAACGCCCGGCACAAUAGAUGUGAUUGGUGGACAGACGGCCACCAUCAGCAGGGUUGAAGGGCGACGCAGACACAAUCUAGAUGGCAACAAUAUCCAGGUGAUCGCUGAACAAUCAGAUUCUGAGCCGACUCCCGCUAAGAUACCCGCCUUCUUCCCUCCUGGACCAAUUCCUCCAAACAUACCCCCACCUCCUUUCCUCCCUCCGCCACCCAACGUCAGCGCUGCACCCCCACUCAUCCCCCCGCCCAGGUUGCCCAUUACUGUCCCUCCUCCUGGUUUUCCUCCUCCACCUAGUGGGCCCCCUCCUGCUAUUAUCCCCACUAUGGACAGUGGCCACCCUGGAGGUUAUGAUGGACGCUCUGUUCCUCCCUAUCCGUUUCCUCAAGGUGCUUACCCUCCACCCAUGGCUGGAGGUGUGCCGCCUCCGUGGCCCCCACUGAUGGACAACUCUAAACCCUGGGACUACUAUCCUCGUAGAGACGACAAGAGAGAAAAGGAGAGAGAACGGCCCAGAGAGAGGACGCAUGAACGGGAGAGAGAGAGGGAGCACAGCCCUUCAGCUAUGAGCUACACCAGUGACGAGGAGCGGUAUCGUUACCGUGACUACCAGGAACGGGGUUAUGGAGAGCGACAUCGUGACCGGACGAGUCGAGAGAAAGAGGAAAGACACAGAGAGAGGCGGCACCGAGAGAAAGAGGAGGGACGCCACAAGUCUUCCCGCAGCAGCAGUAGCAGGAGGAGGCACGACAGCGAGGAGGGCGACAGCCACCGGAGGCACAAACACAAGAAGAGCAAGAGGAGCAAGGAGGGUAAAGAGGCCAGCGAGGACAUCGGCGCAGACCAAGAGAACCAGGAGGCCAUGGAGUAGUGAUUACCCCCCUCCUCUUUUCCCUCGCGCUGUCUGUCUGUCCCUCUAUGUCUCCGACCACCAAGAUAAGAAAGAAGGAAAGGGAGAAGAUGAGACCAAGAAAAGCAGGAAGACGCAGAGCGAUCGAUGCGUCCUGUCACUCCCCUCUCCAUCAAUCUCAGUUCUCCUCCACCCCGCUGUCGUUCAUCCUCACCAUCACUUCAGACGGAGAAUGGAUGGAGUGGAGGAGGUGGUAAAGGAGGGAUGAUGGUCCUUUUUACUUCUUCUGUCUUUCCAUCACCAGCUGACAUCAGACAGGACAUCAAUCUGUCUUUAACCUCCUCCUCCCUCUCCUCUCAGAGCACUGCUGUAACAAUUAGGUCAUGCUCAGAGAUUUCACCGUAUAGUCUGGACGAUCAGCAGAUUUUGCUCUUUUUCCGUUUUGUUUGUUUGUUGUCCUUUUGUUCUUGUCCUGUAUGAAGACAUCUAUAGAGAGCUCUCAGUUUAAGUUCAAUUAAAAAAACACUUUUGAUAUGA